GCGGGACUAGAAGUCGACCUUAUCGGCUACGCAGGGUCGCAGGUGCACCCCUCGGUGGCGGAGCAUCCGCGCAUUCACCUGCGCCUGCUGGGCAUGCCCUUCCCCAGCGGCCUCUCGCGCCCGCUCUACCUGCUGCUGCUGCCCAUAAAGCUCAUCGCCCAAGUGCUCUGCUUCCUCUGGGUGCUCUGCAUCGCCACGCCUCCCCCCGAUUUCUACCUUCUCCAGAACCCACCCACCAUCCCCACCUUCACAGUGGUGCGCUUCGCUGGGCUAGUGCGGCGGGCCUCAUUCGUCAUCGACUGGCACAACUUCGGAUUCACUCUCUUUGGCCUACGUUUCGGCCCCGCACACCCCCUCGUGAAGAUCCACAAGUGGUACGAGACCACCAUAGCACGCCAAGCAGCGGCACACAUAUGUGUGACUCGAGCCAUGCAGCAGGAGCUGGCGAACAACUGGGAUAUACGAGCCACUGUUCUGUACGACCGCCCGCCUGCCUUCUUCCGACCCAGCACCUUAGAGGAGAUGAGAGAGGUUCUGGGGCGCAUCGACCAAUCACUGCUCGACAGCUGUUUCUCCCCACCCGCACCCGGAACCACGCAGUGGACUCUCAGACCAGACCGCCCUGCCCUUGUUGUCAGCAGCUCUAGCUGGACUGCAGACGAGGAUUUUGACGUGUUGCUAGAAGGAGCGCUCAUGUAUGACAGGCGCGUGGCAGCAAUGGCAGGCGAGGGGGAGUUUGGAGGAGAGGGAGGAGGCGAGGGGGAACGAGGUGCUGCUGUUGGCGUUCCUCUGCUGGAUUCCAAAAAAGCCGAUGGGAUAUCAGCGUUGGCAGUGGCAGCAGAAGCAGCAACAGCAGCAGCAGCAGCAGGGGCAGCAGGAGUGGGAGGAGAUUCGUCUAGUGCAGGGUCAAGAAAAGAAGGGGAAGGAGAGGGCGAGCGGGGAGGGGCGGUGACGACAGGAGCAGCAGGAGUGGGAGCAAGUGGAGGGAGGUUGAAAUCUGGAGCCAAGUUUCCCACCCUGGCGUUUAUUGUCACGGGCAAAGGAGCCCUCCGAUCGCACUACGAAGCAAAGAUGCGACGGCUCAGAUUGCGCCACGUGUCGUUCCGAACCGCAUGGCUUGCUCCGGAGGAUUACCCGAGGCUGCUAGGCUCGGCGGACCUGGGCGUGUCCCUCCAUACCUCGUCCUCAGGCUUGGAUCUGCCUAUGAAAGUGGUGGACAUGUUUGGGUGCGGCCUUCCCGUCUGCGCCAUCUCCUAUUCCUG